GGAACCUGUCGCGCGGGCCGGGAGCAGUACUUCUUCCUGUAAGGGCCUCACUGUACGGCGGACUUCUCCUUCCGCUCCUGCGACUCGCGGGACGGUGAGGAGCAAGCGGAAGGUGCACACGGGCGCCGAGGCCCGAGGUGACCGGCUGGAGCUGGGCGGCGAGGCCACCGGCGUAGCCAUGUCGCUGUGGGGGCAGCCGCUGCAGGCCUCGCUGCCCCCGGCUGUGCAGCCUCCUCCGACCGCGCCCUCGGGGCCUCCGAGCGCCCCUCCAGCCGGCGCAACCCUCAACCGCCUGCCGGAGCCGCUGCUGCGGAGGCUCAGUGAGAGCUUGGACCGCGCGCCCGAGGGCCGGGGCUGGAGGCAGCUGGCGGAGCUGGCGGGCAGUCGGGGACGCCUCAGGCUUAGUUGCCUAGACCUGGAGCAGUGUUCUCUUAAGGUACUGGAGCCAGAAGGAAGCCCAAGCUUGUGUUUACUGAAACUAAUGGGUGAAAAAGGAUGUACAGUCACAGAAUUGAACGACUUCCUACAGGCUUUGGAGCACACUGAGGUUCUUCAGCUUCUCAACCCCCCAGGAUUAAAGAUCACUGUAAACCCAGAAUCAAAGGCAGUUUUGGCUGGACAGUUUGUAAAACUGUGUUGCCGGGCAACUGGACAUCCCUUUGUACAAUAUCAAUGGUUCAAAAUGAAUAAGGAGAUCCCAUAUGGAAAUUCAUCAGAACUUAUUUUUAACGCAGUGCAUGUAAAAGAUGCAGGCUUUUAUGUCUGCCGAGUUAACAACAGUUCCACCUUUGAAUUUAGCGAGUGGUCACAGCUAGAUGUCUGUGAUGUGACAGAAGUAACAGAAAGCUUCCAGGGAAGUGUGGAUGGUGUCUCAGAAUCCAAGUUGCAAAUCUGUGUUGAACCAAGGUCCCAAAAGCUGAUGCCAGGCAGCACAUUGGUUUUACAGUGUGUUGCUAUUGGAAGCCCUAUGCCUCACUACCAGUGGUUUAAAAAUGAAUCACCAUUAACACAUGAAACAAAAAAGCAUUACGUGGUUCCAUAUGUGGAUCUAGAACAUGAAGGAACCUACUGGUGCCAUGUCUACAAUGAUCACGACAGUCAAGAUAGUAAGAAGGUAGAAAUCAUCAUAGGAAGAACAGAUGAGGCAGUGGAGUGCACCGAAGAUGAAUUAAAUAAUUUUGGGCGUCCUGAUAACAAAGAAGAAACAACUGAUCAGCCUUUGGCAAAGGACAAGGUUGCUCUUUUGAUAGGAAAUAUGAAUUACUGGGAGCACCCCAAACUUAAAGCUCCUUUGGUAGAUGUGUAUGAAUUGACCAACUUAUUAAGGCAACUAGAUUUCAAAGUUGUUUCAUUGUUGGAUCUUACUGAAUAUGAGAUGUGCAAUGCCGUGGAUGAAUUUUUACUACUUUUAGACAAAGGAGUAUAUGGGUUGUUAUAUUAUGCAGGACACGGUUAUGAGAACUUUGGAAACAGUUUUAUGGUCCCUGUUGAUGCUCCAAAUCCAUAUAGGUCUGAAAAUUGCCUGUGUGUACAAAACAUACUGAAAUUAAUGCAAGAAAAGGAAACUGGACUCAAUGUGUUCCUGUUGGAUAUGUGUCGGAAAAGAAAUGACUAUGAUGAUACCAUUCCAAUCUUGGAUGCACUGAAAGUCACUGCCAAUAUUGUGUUUGGAUACGCCACGUGCCAAGGAGCAGAAGCUUUUGAAAUCCAGCAUUCUGGAUUGGCAAAUGGGAUUUUUAUGAAAUUUUUAAAAGAUAGAUUAUUAGAAGACAAGAAAAUUACUGUGUUACUGGAUGAAGUUGCAGAAGAUAUGGGUAAAUGUCACCUUACCAAAGGCAAACAAGCUCUAGAAAUUCGAAGCAGCUUGUCUGAAAAGAGAGCACUUACUGAUCCAAUCCAGGGGACAGCUUGCUCUGCAGAGUCUCUAGUGCGGAAUCUACAGUGGGCCAAGGCUCAUGAGCUUCCAGAAAGUAUGUGCCUUAAAUUUCAAUGUGGUGUUCAUAUUCAAUUAGGAUUUGCCGCAGAGUUCUCGAAUGUCAUGAUAAUCUACACAAGUAUAAUCCACAAACCACCUGAGAUAAUAAUGUGUGAUGCCUAUGUUACCGAUUUCCCACUUGACCUAGAUAUUGAUCCAAAACAUGCAAAUAAAGGGACUCCUGAAGAAACUGGCAGCUAUUUAGUGUCAAAAGAGCUCCCCAAGCAUUGCCUCUAUACUAGACUCAGUUCACUACAAAAAUUGAAGGAACACCUGAUCUUCACAGUAUGUUUGUCAUAUCAGUAUUCAGGACUGGAGGACACUGUGGAGGAGAAGCAGGAAGUGAAUGUUGGGAAGCCUCUUAUUGCCAAGUUAGACAUGCAUCGAGGAUUGGGCAGGAAGACUUGCUUCCAAGCUUGCCGUAUGCCUGAUGAGCCUUAUCACAGCUCCACACCUACCACAGGGGGAGCAGGCCAUUUUCAUUCGUCUCAGGACUCGUUCCAUGGUGUGUACCAUUCACAUCUUGGUAACUCAGACAGUGAUAUGCCACCAGACAGGUGUCACUGCAGCCGGACUCCACAUGCCUUUAUUUCAGGUUAUCCCACCCACCAGUACUCCUGCCAGCUUGGUAGGAGUAAUGUGCCAGUAGAGACAACCGAUGAAGUACCAUUCAGUUUCUCUGACAGGCUUAGGAUUUCUGAAAACUGACCUUCAUGUGUUUGAAAAUUAGAAUAAUUACAGUGCUUUCACAUGAAAUAGCACUUUUAUAAAAUGAGGUAAAAAAGCAAACAUAUGUAUAGAAGGAAAACUGGCAACAACUGUCUAUAGUAGGCUCUCAAGAGUGGGAGGUACUAGAAUUACAUUAUUUAAGUUGGGUGGUGGUAGCAACACACUUUUAAUCCGAGCACUCAGGAGGCAGGGGCAGAUGGAUCUGAGUUUGAGGCCAGCCUGGUCUACAAAGUAGAAACCUUGUCUUUAAAAACCAAAAAAAGAAAAAAAAUUACAUUAUUUAAUCAGACUAUAUAUCUUGCUUUUGUCUCGUUUUAAGAGUUUGUGAAUUAAUUUGUUCUAUAAGAGUGAAAUAUGAGGCCUGUAAAUAUAGCUCAAUGAUACAGUACUCAACUAAUAUGUGGAAGGCCCUGGGAUUGAUCAUUACUGGAGGGGAAAAUAAAUUAUUUGAGUGUAUAAGUAUGUAUACCAAAUAUUUUCAUUUUGACUACUCAGAAAAGCAGUAUUAAUGGCAUUGCUAUAGAGUGAGUUAUUGUUGGCACCAGAAAAGAACCCUUUUUCUUUUUCAAAGUUAUUAUAUGUGUACAUGUGU